AGUGUUCUUUAAAUCUACUCCAUCAUUUUCUGAGAAGUGUCUCCUUUAACAACAGUGCUGGGGACAAAAUUUCAUUUGAUCAGAAAGGGGAGCUGGUGGCUGGAUUUGAUAUUAUCAAUUGGAUUACUUCCUCAAACCACUCCUUUCAAAGAGUGAAAGUUGGAAAGAUGGAUGCCCAGCUUCCUCCAGAAUAUGCAUUCUCAAUCAGUGAGGAUGCCAUCACAUGGCACAGAUGGUUUAACCAGACACGGCCUGUUUCUCUGUGUAGUGAGGUUUGCCUUCCUGGUUCCAUCAAGAAAGCAAAGGAGGGGAAGCCAUUUUGCUGCUAUGAUUGUAUCCCCUGUCCAGAAGGGAAGAUUUCAAAUCAGAAAGACAUGAAUGACUGUUAUAAAUGCGCUGAUGAAAAGUAUCCAAACAAAAAACGAGAUUCUUGCAUUUCCAAGGAGGUCAGCUUUUUGUCUUAUGAAGAACCUUUGGGACUUAGUUUAGUUUGUUUUGCUCUUUUCUUUUCUUUCAGCACAAUCUUGGUGCUAGGAAUAUUUAUGAAGCACCAUAUCACUCCUAUUGUCAAAGCCAAUAAUCGGAACCUUACCUACACUCUCCUUGUCUCCCUCCUGCUCUGCUUCCUGUCUGCAUUGCUGUUCAUUGGCCAGCCAGAGAAGGUGACCUGUCUCAUCCGACAAACAGUUUUUGCCAUCAUCUUCUCGAUGGCUGUUUCCUGUGUGCUGGCAAAAACUAUCAUGGUGGUUCUGGCAUUCAUGGCCACCAAACCAGGAUCUAGGAUGAGGAGAUUGAUGGGGAAAGGACUGGCAUUUACUAUUGUUAUUUCUUGCACCAUUAAACAAGCAGGCAUUUGUGCUGUGUGGUUGGCAACCUCAGCUCCAUUUCCAGAUGCUGACAAGCACUCUGUGAUUGACAAAAUUAUAAUUGAAUGUAAUGAGGGGUCUGUCACUAUGUUCUACUGUGUCCUGGGGUAUAUGGGCUUACUUGCCAUUAUCAGUUUCACUGUGGCUUUCUUUGCCAGGAAACUUCCAGACAAUUUCAAUGACGCCAAGUUUAUCACUUUCAGCAUGUUGGUCUUUUGCAGUGUGUGGUUGUCCUUUGUCCCAACCUACCUGAGUACUAAGGGGAAAUACAUGGUAGCUGUGGAGAUUUUCUCCAUCUUGUCCUCCAGUGCUGGGUUGCUGGGAUGCAUCUUUUCCCCCAAAUGUUACAUUAUUGUGUUGAGGCCAGAGAUGAACAACAGGGAGAACCUCAUACGACGAAAAAAUUGACGUCUGUUCAUUGUCCUGUUUGUAAGGUGCAUUCCACAGUUGUGUAGAUGUAUAAUUCUUGGAAUUUUUGACUGCUUUCUAAUGAGAAUUUUCCUUUUAUAUAUCUCCUCCUUAGAGCUGUCAAAGUCCUAUCUCACUCAAGAUUUACCCAAAGGGAAACUGUUGUGUAUGUGCAGUAUUUUCCCAUCAACAUCCUGAAGCUUGACAAGCUUGAGAAGGUCUUGUUUAAACCCCCACAUUGGUUUUGAUUUCAGAAACAUUUAAAUUACUCUUGGGUAUCCUUGUGCCCAUGUGAAUAUUAGCACAUUGUCCAUUUUUAAUCAAAGCCAUGAAACCUA